CCCAAAACAGAAUGGAAUUUGGACACGUCAUUCAUUGCACCACCGAAUUAUGAACUUUUAUAUUUACUUACAUUAACGUUAAGGUAUAACUUCGAAAAUUUAUAAUCAACGAUACCAAACUGAAAAUACCAUUACCUAUUCAAUCUCUUGGAAUAAUAUUUAAAAAAUAUUAGAUUUAAUAAUUAUUUUAGUAAAAUGCGUGUAAGAACUUACAAAAAAUGUUUAUAUUAUUUAAAGUCAAGUGGUACCUGCAUGGUGUUUAUAGGAGGCUGCUGGUUUUUAUAUCAACUGCGACAGACAUCAAAGAUCCUUCGAACAACUGUAACAACAGAUAUUCUUAAUUUAGAGAAAGCACAUAAAUCAUAUAUAUACGUAGAUAAACCUCAAUAUAAAGAUAUAUUUACAUUUCACAAUGAGAAAAAUCAAUAUGUGUCAGAAAGACAAUCAGCAGUUAAUCACGAUAUAACAAAUGUCAUAGCUAGAUUUAAUUAUAAUGUAACUAAUAUUGUAACCAUCAUGGUUGAUAUUAUAGCGGAGAGAUGGAAAAUGUUAAAUCAAAAAUUAGCUUAUAGAUUGUUAAACGUUGCUCGUUUUGGUGAUGAACAUGAAAGAAUAAGGGCUGCGACAGCUUUAUGUUUUUUAAGUGAUUUAGAAGAUUGGCAUUAUCGAAAUAUGGCACAGAUGUUAGAUGCUAGGACAGCUAUUGCUCUUGCACGUACACCCAAUGUUGAUCAACGCUUUUUCUUAGUACCACCUUAUUUUCAUAUGGAAUAUAAAUUGCAUGAUGUCAUUGAGAAAGUGCAUAACAUGUUGUUACAUUUAAAUUCAUUGUGCGACAAAUUACAUCCAUGUCUGACACAAUUUCUUUAUAAAAAGUUUGGAAAUUUAUUUAGGGAUGGUUUAAUGUUUGAACAUGAUUUAACAAGUAUGGGUUUAGCAGUUCCUCCGACAAUAAUAUGGAAUGAAGAAUUACUUCAAAACUGUGUCCAAGCAAUUUAUCAUCAUUCUUCCCUCGAACAAUAUAGUAAAGAUAUUGUGAAUGCUGGUGGUCUGGAGAUACUAAUGUUAAUUUACAAAAUCUUCAGCAAUAAUAUCGAAAUGUGUACAAUUCUUGCCAACAUACUUUCUAAUAUAUCGCUUCACACAGAAUAUUUAGAUGAUUUUUUCCGAUCAGGAUGGUUUGGUAUAUUAGUAGCAUGGUCUAAGAACAAAGACAUAAGAUUAUCGGUACCUGCAGGAUGUGCAUUAGCAAACUUAGACAUAGAUAAAAAUAAGCAUAUUAAAUAUCCCAGACACGUAUACCUUCUUCAUCCAUUGCAUAGAACUGACACACCAUCGAAACUGGACGUUGUAUUUUUACAUGGUUUGCUUGGCGGUGUAUUUAUAACGUGGAGACAGAGAGACAUUAUUAAAGAUGAUGCAAUUAAAUGCGAAGAUCCUAUUAACAUAGAAAAUCAGAGCAGUGAACUCUCUGCAUUGAUCAAAGAUUAUCCACAAGAAUUUUUCAAAGAUUUGGCUUACGAUUUGCAAAUGCGUGCAUGGAAAAAAUUAGGCAGAGAUUACGAGGUGAUACUCGAUGAUUGUCCUAUUAAUGUUAAUUAUCAAGCAACUGGUCCAUUUACUUGUAAAGGGGACGACGCUUGCAUGAAAAAUUCGGAGCAAGAUAAAAUUUGUAGAACACAAUGUUGGCCGAUGGAUUGGUUGCCUCGGGAUGUACCAUAUCUUCGAAUACUCGGUGUUAAUUAUGACACCAAUUUAUCAAUGUGGACGCCUUUGUGUCCAAUAGAGAGCUUGAAGAGUACCAUCAGCGAUAGAAGUAAUGAAUAUAUUAAUAAAUUAUUGAUAGCAGAUGUUGGAAAACGACCAAUAAUAUGGGUGUGUCAUUCAAUGGGUGGUUUGUUAGUUAAAAAAAUGCUCGUCGAAGAAUGGAAAACUGGAGAUAAACAUAAUAUAUGUAAAAAUACACGCGGCAUAGUAUUUUAUAGUACUCCGCAUCGCGGUUCGCACAUAGCUGCAUUAACGCAAGCAACACAAAUGCUUGUAUGGCCAUCUAUAGAGGUGCAGGAAUUACGAGAAGAAUCACCGCAUCUUCUUGGAUUGCACAAAGAUUUUCUUGAGAUGUUAAAAGAUUAUCCUAUGAAUAUAGUGAGUUUCAGUGAAACUAAAUCUACCCUGGUAACUGCUUUAAAACUUUCAUUCCAAUUUGUCACACCUGACUCAGCAGAUCCUGGAGUAGGAGAAUUUUUUGAAAUUCCACAGGAUCAUUUGACGAUUUGUAAACCUGCUAAUAGGCGAUCGUUUUUAUAUCAAAAGCUCUUAUGCUUACUUCGACACCAAAUAGAAACACGAAAAGAAUCAAAGAAUUCAACAUUUAUGAGUCUAUCAUUACCAGAUAGAUUGUGGCCAUCGUUUGCAAAAUAAAUAAGGUUCCUCAUCUUUACUUCCAUUACUACCUCUCUCUUUUCUGAUUCUUUAUUAUUCCACAUAUAAUAAAGAUUAGGUAUUUCGUAAGUAUUGUCUAUCGAAUGGAAUGUAAGAAAUAUGUGAUUUUUGUUUAAGAAUUUUUUUAUACUUUAAGAUAAAGCA